GAGGCCAGAGGAGGACGUCCUGGGCCCCGCCGACCUCGCACAGUGCGUGGACACUUUCAGGCAGCUGCUGGCGAACAAACCGCCAGUCCUCCUGACGUUUCACAGCGGCUGCUUCGAGCCUGAGGGCCGCGCGGGCCCCAAGCCGUGGUCGCACAGCAGGAAGAGCAGUGCGAGUGUCAGUCAAAGGUGGACCAAGGUCAGCCGCCGCGUCGGCAGGCAAACGAGCCAG